CGUGAAAGCUAACGUCUGAGAAUUUUCUCAUUUAGUCCAAGUUUUCAUUCACGUGCACAAUGAUUAUACAGGAAGCGCUAUUAUAAUUUUAUGUUGUGACUAACUUUACGAGUGUCGUUUUCGUUAUUGGACUCUGACGACGAACAGAAGAUGGCGAUGCUACGCAAAGCCUUCCAGAUGUUUGACACCACCAAAUCAGGCUUCAUCGACGUCCUGAAGAUCUCCACCAUCUUGAACACCAUGGGCCAGCUCUUUGAUGACUCUGAACUCCAGGCUCUCAUCGAGGAGAACGACCCAGAAGGAAGUGGCAAGAUCAAUUUUGAUGGAUUCUGCAACAUUGCAUCCCACUUCUUAGAAGAGGAGGAUGCUGAAGCUAUGCAGCAGGAACUGAAAGAAGCUUUCAGGUUAUAUGACCGUGAAGGUAACGGCUACAUCACCACCUCCACGCUGAAGGAGAUCCUGGCCGCGCUGGACGACAAGCUCAGCAACUCAGACCUGGACGGCAUCAUCGCUGAGAUUGACACUGACGGCUCCGGAACCGUUGACUUCGAUGAAUUCAUGGAGAUGAUGACUGGGGACUAAAUUAACAACAAUCGACGUUAUAGUAUUAUUAUCAUUAGAAAUUAUUAUACAUUGUAAAAGGAGGCUUUGUCUAGUACAAAAUGAUAAAUGCGGUAUUCGCAUGGUUGUUGACCAUCACGUCACAUUUGUUUAAUCUAUCUUAUAGAUAGGCUUGUUAUAGAGAUAUUAUAAUGUAAUUUAGUCCGCGGCUUGUUGGCCAGGAUUCUCCGAAGUCGUUCCAAAGAAUUGUUUCCGGAAUAAUUCACACGAAACGGGUUCACUGUAAACAAUUUUAUACUAAUAUUUAUAACGCAAAUUGUUUUUUGAAACAUUACUUAAUAUCAAAUUAGUAUCUACAAUAUUAAACAUUAUCAAAGUA